GUACUACGUAUGAGCACCUGUGGCUAGUUUUACGUGAGCCAGAGAUAUAUUACUCAUAACAAUUAAUGAGAUACUUAAGAUAACGAAAGAGAUAUAUGGGUUUGAUUGAUGUGCCGAUGAUUAGAUAGAUGAGAGCUAGCCAGCUGCCUUGUCUUGCCAGAAUUGCUCUCACACGGUCAGUCCUGCGUCGUCUGUUCCGCGUGAGUGUCGAUGUGGCGAGUGAAAAAUAGGAAGACGAAAUAACUAAUGUGACAAAGCAUCUCUAAGAAAACCAGAUCAAUGUUUGAUACUUUUUUGUCUUGAACGCAAAGUUCGUAAAGUUAUAAAGCAUAUUUUCGUGUGUACGUAGAUGUACUUUUUUAUGUAUGUAGCAGCGCUCAGGCUUCGCAUAUAAGGGAAAGGAAAAGAGAGAAGUAAGGAAAUUAAAAGGACGAACUAGUGAAACAUGUACAUAAACGACGAGGCACAGACGCAAGAACUUGAAGAAGAACAGAAUUACCUAUCAUCACUGUUCGUAACAUCUGCUGACAAAGAGGAGAUGCCCAUCGUGGUGACAGCGCUUACCAUUGCGACGCAGCUAUGGAUAUCGCACAUUGUCCGCGACUUCCUCAGUGGGAAGGUUGGGAACCAGUUACUGAAGGGCUGUCUCCUGGAGCUGGUAGCUUGCGCCGAGAUGUGCGGCGUUUCAUAUGAGCUGGCCUUCGUCAACAGAUUAUUUGGCAUCUGGCCGUGGAGUUUGUGUGUGUUCUUGUUGAUUCUGUGGCGGGAGCGGAGUUGGGGGGCUACGACUGCAUGUCCCUAUAUGCUUUUGGAACAGUAUGUGGAGGCAGGAACACACCCACUACACAUCUUUCUUAAAAUACUUGCUCAGAUAAUGGGAGCAGUGAUCUCGUGUAGGUGGGUGAAGCGACUGUGGGUUAUGGAAGAGGAGAUGCAAGUGCCUGAGUGUUCAUCCGACCUGCAAGUGCCUGUUGUGAUUGGUUUCUUGAUUGAAGCUGUGCUUACUUGCGUCUCCAGACUAUGUUCAAGAACUUUGGGUGAGCGGCGACCCAAGUAUGCCUCCGUCAUCGACUCCCUUUUCACCACCGCUCUUGUGAUCUUAGCUUUCGACUAUUCUGGUGGAUAUUUCAAUCCUGUCCUGGCGACGGGUCUCAAGUGGAAUUGCCAGGGCCACACCAAUACUGAGUACAUUGUGGUGUAUUGGGCCGGCUCCAUCCUGGGUGCCAUGCUGUCAUUACGACUCUGGACCAUUCCCUUCAUCAGGGCAACCCUUCUUGUCCCCUUCCAGAACAACAAGAGUAAAUCUCAGUGAAGCUACUAAAUGACUAGUCGAUGCAGCAUGGUGUUAUAUCUCUGUCUGGUUUGUUGGCAUUGAUGAGUAUUCUAUUCAUAGUAGAGUUCACUUAUCUUUGAUUUAUCUCAAAUUGUCACCUCUUAUGUUUAUAUUUACCUUUUAGCAAAAUUUCUUUACACACACACCGCGUAGUGUACUGGUUAGCACGCUCGACUCACAAUCGAGAGGGUCCGGAUUCGAGUCCCGGAAAGCGGCGAGGCAAAUGGGCAAGCCUCUUAAUGUGCAACCCCUGUUCACCUAGCAGUAAAUAGGUACGGGAUUUCACUGGAGGGGUUGUGGCCUCGCUUUCCCGGUGUGUGAAGUGUGGUGUGGUCUCAGUCCUACAUGAUGAUUGGUCACUGCGAACUCUUGAGCUCUUUUCGUAGGGGAAAGACCGGCUGGGUGACCAGCAGACGACCGUUGGUGAAUAAAACACACACACACACACACACUGGCUUGGGUGACCAGCAAGCAACUGUGGUGAAUUAUACACACACAUACAAAGUAAUGUUGGAUUUUGCAUAGACGUGGAGACAGGAUAGCACGAGCAUAGCUCUUUUCCUGUACUGUAUGUAUGUUACAACUCACUAAAUACAAUAAGGCAAAUACACACACACACACACACA